CAUCAACUAUAUUGUAUCGUUGUGCACGAGAGGGAAAGAGAAAUCAAUAUGAAGGGACUCACAAAAGCCAUCAUGCGGACACCGCAUAUGAUGGGUGCUCGAGUGGGGUUGUCGAAGAAAUCCAAUGAUCCCGAGUUCGAUGACUACUCCCGCAAGUUUACGGCAAUGGAGUCGGCGACGGACAAGUUGUUUAAGGAUAGCAAGACCUUUGCGGAUGCGGUCAUCUCCCUCUUGUCCUCCGAAACGAAUUUCGCACAGCACUUCGCCGGCCUGUUCGAGCCGCUCGGAAAUGAAUACGACAUCUUAGGCAAGCACCCUGAGGCGCAAGAGACUAUCCGUAACCUUCCGUCCUACCAGCGUGAGAUGGAGGAGCUCAAGGAAGCCCUCUCUCCUGAACUUGAGCUUAUCCAAACCCGUAUCAUUGGCCCCGUCAAAGAGCUUCAGGGUAUCAUGAAGGGUAUCCGGAAAUCGAUCACCAAGCGGGAUCACAAGCUGAUCGAUUACGACCGGUUCAAUAACUCCCUCACCAAGCUGAGGGACAAGAAGGAGAAGUCUCUCAAUGACGAGAAGAAUCUCUUCAAGCUCGAGCAAGACUUUGAAGUUGCGAGCAAUGAGUUUGAGUUCCAUAACACGACGCUGAAGACCGAGCUACCCCAGUUCAUGAUUUUGGCGACCCGUUUCAUCGACCCAUUGUUCCAUUCUUUCUACUAUAUGCAGCUAAAUAUAUUCUAUUUGAUGCUGGAGAAGAUAAAUGGCUUCGCAAGUGGCAAGUACGACGUGAGCCUCCAGCCCGCCGAUGUGGCUACUGCCUACGAGGCGCGUCUGGGCGACGCGCGCGAUCGUGUCGAGGCGCUCACAAUCACGAAACGUGCCAUGCCCACCGCUAAGAUGCUCUCUAUGCGGCAAGGGUCUUCCCCCUCAGGCACGUCUGCAGGCGAGCGCCGUGCUCCUCCUUCGCUAGCUGCCAAACCCUCCGUGCUUGCGGGGAAACCACCAUUGCGUUCAAACUCGUAUGCUGCGCCUCCCCCUGCGUAUCAGGAAGCGUCGUUCGGUGACUCGCCUGCUGCAGCGGCUGCGAGCUCCGCGGGCACGAAGCGUGCCCCACCGCCCCCGCCACCUCUUAAGCCAAAGCCAGGCGCACCAGCGGUGAAGUAUGUUACUGCAUUAUACGACUUCGCCGCACAGGCAGAGGGAGAUUUGGAGUUCAGAGUCGGGGAUAAAAUCGAGCUCGUUGAGAGGACUGCGAGUUCAGAAGAUUGGUGGACGGGGAAGCUGAACGGCAGGACGGGCGUGUUCCCUGGUAACUACGUUCAAGAGUAAAGCCUCUUCGCUCGCUUGAGGGCGUCUUCAUAGGAUGAGAGCAGUCCAGCGCUGCACAUACCAUUUUUUCUAGAAGCGCCCCCUCUCUAUGAAUUACUUGUGUU